AUGCUGGGCAUAGCCUGUGAUCCGCUGCAGCACACGAGCAUGUACGAGCGUGGCUCGGAUGACAGCGAGGACAGCGAUGGCGAGGGCGGCCUGGGCAAUGUGUCCCGCGUGAUCAUACGUCCGCCGGGGCAGAGCGGCAAGGCAAAGCGUGGCCAUUUGUGCUUCGAUGCGGCCUUCGAGACGGGAAAUCUGGGCAAAGCGGAGCUGGUGGGGGACUUCGAGUACGAUCUGUUCCUGCGGCCGGACACGUGCAAUCCGCGCUUUCGCUUCUGGUUCAACUUCACGGUGGACAACGUCAAGCAGGACCAGCGGGUGCUCUUCAACAUUGUGAAUCUCAGCAAGAGCCGCAAUUUGUUCGCCUCCGGCCUCACGCCGCUGGUGAAGAGCUCCAGCCGCCCCAAGUGGCAGCGCAUGUCCAAGCGGCAGGUGUUCUUCUAUCGCUCGGCCAUGCAUCAGGGCCACUACGUGCUCAGCUUUGCCUUCAUCUUUGACAAGGAGGAGGAUGUCUAUCAGUUCGCCCUGGCCUGGCCCUACAGCUACUCCCGCCUGCAGUCCUAUUUGAAUGUGAUCGAUGCCAGACAGGGCACGGACAAGCGCUUCACGCGGAGCGUUCUCAUCAAGUCGCUGCAAAACCGCAAUGUGGAUCUGCUGACCAUCGAUCAGGUGACGCACAAGCAGCGCUCGACCAAUCGCUUGGAUCGCAGCUUCAUUCGCGUCAUUGUGAUCCUCUGUCGCACGCACUCCAGCGAGGCGCCCGCCUCCCACGUGUGCCAGGGCCUCAUCGAGUUCCUUGUGGGCAAUCAUCCCAUAGCGGGCGUUCUGCGUGAUAACUUUGUGUUCAAAAUCGUGCCGAUGGCCAAUCCGGAUGGCGUGUUUCUGGGCAACAACCGCUGCAACCUGAUGGGGCAGGACAUGAAUCGCAACUGGCAUCUGGCGUCGGAGUUUACGCAGCCGGAGCUGCAUGCCAUUCGGGGUAUGCUGAAGGAGCUGGAUAAUUCGGAUGUGAGUUUUUGGGGUGCUGGCAGUGGAAAUGGAGUUUACUCACCCUGAUCCUUCCCUCUGCAGACUUAUCAGAUAGAUUUUGUGAUCGAUUUGCAUGCCAACAGCAGCAUGCACGGCUGCUUCGUGUACGGCAACACCUACGAGGAUGUCUACCGCUACGAGCGGCACUUGGUCUUCCCGCGACUCUUUGCCAGCAACGCACCCGACUAUGUGGCCGAGCACACCAUGUUCAAUGCGGACGAGCGGAAGGCGGGCAGCAUCAGGAGAUUCAGCUGCGAGCGGCUCAGCGACACGGUGAAUGCCUACACGCUGGAGGUGUCCAUGGCGGGGCAUUACCUGCGCGACGGCAAGACGGUGGCCCUCUACAACGAGGAUGGAUAUUACCGCGUGGGCAGGAAUCUCGCGCGCACCCUGCUCCAGUACUAUCGCUUCAUCAACAUCCUGCCCGUGCCCCUGGUGACGGAGGUGCGAGGCAAGCGCAGGGGCAGACUGCGCAACCAGCACUCUCGCUCCCGCUCCAAGACGCGCUACGAGGUCAAGCCCCGGCCCAAGACUCCGCGCUGCCAUGCCCCCAUCUCGUACAACAACCUGAGCAUCUGCUAUGACUCGGGCGGCGGAGGUGGCGGCGGUUCCUCGGAUGAGGGAGGCUUCUCCCCCGUACGACCACUGGCACCGGGCAGCAGCAGCUUCAGCGGCUGCCGCAACUACCGUCGGGCGGCCACAGCCACAUGCCCAGCUGCACACGACCAGUAUUCCUGCUACUCCUUGGGUGCACUCAAAACAGGCAGUGACCAUGGAGGAGCCAUUGGCCAGGGCAAGCGAUCGGCGCGGGUGACCAUCGAGUUGCCACUACCUGUGAAUGUACCCCCCAAGCCCUACCUCUCCAUCAUCGACCUGAAUCAGCUGACGCGGGGCAGCCUGAAGCUCAAAUCGGGUAGUUUCGAUUCAGCCGACAGGCGAUAAAGAGAAUGAGUGAGAGAGAGAGAGAGAGAUAUCCGUAAUUGUUCCCUUUUGUAUGCUUACUGCUUCGUUGACUUUUUUUUCUAAAUAAACAGUUAUGCCUCUGAGCAAUUUGAGCAACAAGU